AGCGGAGCGGGGUCUGCCCGGCUGCUGCCGCCUCUCAUGCCUUCACGGCAACAAAGGGCGCGCUGAGCGGCGGGCGGCGGCGCCGGGCCACUGGCCGUGCCGGCGCGGAGGCACCAGGAGACGAUGGCCAGGAAGGGAGAAGCGUCCGCGGCUCUCUACGGUGAACCAAGGAAAUUUGACCCAAAGUUCAGAGGACCUAUCCAUAACAGGCACUGUACAGACAUCGUGUGCUGUGUGAUCUUCAUAGUGGUCAUUCUGGGUUACAUUGCGUUAGGAGUUGUGGCUUGGGUGCAUGGCGAUCCCAGGAAAGUGAUUUAUCCAACUGACAGCUACGGGCAGUUCUGCGGUCAGAAAGACACCCCCAAUGAGAACAAGACCAUUUUGUUUUACUUCAACAUUCUGAAAUGUGCCAGCCCCGUGGUGUUAAUAAACCUACAGUGCCCUACAACACAGCUUUGUGUCUCAAAGUGCCCAGACAGGUUUGUGACCUACAUUGAUGUUCAGGCCUCCUACAGAUACAGACCAGAUCAGUGGAAUUACUUCAAGCAGUUCUGCAAACCUGGUUUUAACAGUCCUCGCAAGUCUGUUGCUCAAGUCCUACGUGAUGAAGAUUGUCCUUCGAUGAUCAUUCCAAGCAGGCCUUUUCUGAAGAGAUGCUUCCCAGACUUCUCCACGAAGAAUGGUGUGCUAACCGUGGCAAAUCAGACUACAUUCAAAGACGGAAGAGGGAAAACAAGAAAUGUAACCGAUCUCAGGGAAGCUGCAAACGGCAUCAAUAAUGUCCUGGAUGCAAGAUCAAUUGGAGUAAAAAUUUUUGAAGACUAUGCUAUUUCUUGGUACUGGAUUUUAAUUGGGCUGUUCAUUGCAAUGAUUGUGAGUCUGCUCUUCCUUGUGUUACUGAGGUUCACAGCUGGGGUUCUCUUCUGGAUUUUCAUCUUUGGUGUGAUUGGAAUUAUAGGUUAUGGCAUCUGGCAUUGUUACUGGGAGUAUGACCACCUUAAAGGAAUCCCUGGAUCUGACCUCACUGUUUAUGACAUUGGAUUCCAGACAGACUUCAGAGUGUACCUGCAGCUGAGGCAAACAUGGUUAGCAUUUAUGAUAAUCCUUUGUGGUGUUGAGGUCAUAAUUAUACUGAUGCUGAUCUUCCUAAGGAAUCGGAUCCGGAUUGCCAUUGCACUCUUGAAGGAAGGCAGUAGGGCUAUUGGCUACAUAAUGUCUACGUUGUUCUACCCAAUCGUCACCUUCAUACUCAUUGCAAUCUGUAUUUCCUACUGGGCUGUGACAGCUGUUUUUCUGGCUACAUCAGGAGAACCUGUGUAUAAAGUAAUGGCUAAUCAAACACUGUGCAAGUAUGCAAACCUGACUUGUGACCCAGAGACUUUUAACACAACCAAUGUCACUAAAUUGUGUCCAGGUGCUCAGUGUACUUUUGCUUUUUAUGGAGGAGAAAGCCUGUACCAUAAGUACAUCUUCAUCUUCCAGUUAGCCAAUGCCUUUGUCUUUCUCUGGCUGGUGAACUUUGCAAUUGCAUUGGGUCAGUGUACCCUUGCUGGUGCCUUUGCCUCCUAUUACUGGGCCUCUCGAAAACCAGCUGAUAUUCCACUAUGGCCACUCUUCUCUUCAUUCGGACGAGCAAUACGAUACCAUACAGGUUCGCUGGCAUUUGGAGCCUUAAUUCUUGCAAUUGUCCAGCUUAUUCGAGUAAUAUUGGAGUACUUGGAUCACAAACUGAAAGGUACACAGAACUCCUUCACUAGAUUCCUACUCUGCUGCCUCAAAUGCUGUUUCUGGUGUUUGGAAAAAUUCUUAAAAUUUAUAAACAGAAAUGCCUACAUCAUGAUUGCCAUCUAUGGUAAAAACUUCUGCACCUCGGCGAAGGAAGCGUUCUUUCUGCUCAUGCGGAAUGUGGUGAGAGUUGCAGUUCUGGACAAAGUUACAGACUUCCUUUUAUUCCUGGGGAAAAUCCUCGUUGCUGGUGGUGUAGGUGUUCUUGCAUUCUUUUUCUUCACACAGAAGAUACCAGUCAUUGCACAGGAAGCACCGACGUUAAAUUACUACUGGGUACCAUUGUUGACAGUCAUUAUUGGCUCCUACCUAGUUGCACACGGGUUCUUCAGCGUCUAUGCAAUGUGUGUUGACACGCUUUUCCUCUGCUUUUGUGAAGACCUGGAAAGAAAUGAUGGAUCUACAGCAAAACCCUACUUCAUGUCAGCUAGCCUUCACCGAAUUCUAGGGAAGAAGGAGCUAAGCCCUAAGAAGGCAGUGGGAUAACAUACACUAAACUGCAACAUCAAAACAGUGUCACUUUUAAGCAAAAUUUGUAUAAAGUAGGCAAAAGUAAAAACUGUAAAUGAUGCUUCUGGUUAAUGGGUGAUUUUUUUUUUCCUUUUGCUUAUAUCUAAAAAAAAAUGAGCAACAUUGGUAACAUUUAACUAGUUUAAGUGCUUAAACUAACAUCUGUGAAAACAGGCCACGUUUUAGUUUAUAGAGUGCCUACGAGAAGGAAAAUGUAAAUUUGAAGCUUUUUUAAGUCUAUAAUGAAGUUUUAAUAACUUUUGUAACACAAGUUGCUGCCUUAGAUGACAGCAGUUUUGAUAACGUUUCUUUUUGUAAGUGUAUAUUUGUAAAAGAAAUUCAGGCAAUUUUUUGAAAGCACUAACAUAACCUAAUCAGCCAUAAAAGAUUGUUUGAAACUCUCUAGUUACCUAGGAGAUGGUACUAAAUUUGUAAAUAUGGUGCUAUGAUUGUAUUUUUUUGUACGAGCUGGUUCACAGCUAUUUAAACUGUGAUUAUACAUGCAUUAAUGAUUCCCUACACUGAAAAACAUAGUGAUAUUUUAAGCACAUCCACAUCUGCGUCUUUUAUGAAAUGAUGGUACCCUGCAGGUCCCAAAGAAGGUGGUCAGAGGAGGCUAUACCUGGUCCUGCUUAAAGUGAAGUUUUCUGUGAGUUGUGCUUGAAAGAUGAUCUAAUCAAGAGAAGGUCCCACUGCACUCGAUUUGUGGUUUCACAAAAGAAGUUUCAUCUGGUACAAGAUGGUGAAUGUAUCAUUUUUAGCUGAUGUGUGAGAGAGAUGCACUUAAUAUCCUCCUAUCUCUGAUUGUGUUCUGCGUUACGAGGAGCUGAGUUGCACUGAAAGGAAAACCAAAUGCAGUCUUUUUUUAACUUGGAAGAAAGCCUUGGCUGCAGUUGUGCGAGGAAUUCUGUUGCCACUGCCUAGCUCAGAAGGGCUCCUUAAUAAGACAUUGCAGUGACCGUGUGUGUCCUGAGGGCCAGGCCUGCUCCUUCAGCAGGUCUCCGGGCUCUCAGGUGCUCACACAGAAAUGUGUUAACACAUUGAACUCGAUUCUUCUCAUGAUGCAGCAUGAAUUAUUUAGAUACUGAAACAUGCUCCAAAAGCUUUAGUUUGCUUUUUUAUUAUUAAAUUUGCCCAGUCAUUAGAACAAUAUCCAUUGGUAGAAAGCACAUUAAUAUUCUGUUCCAUUUAAUGACCCUCCCAUUAGUAGAAGUGUCACUGGGGUUAGUAGCAGCUCUGCUCAUGGAAGAAGUCUUACACUGGAGUGCUUCUCAAGUCCUUUAUUGCCAUGAGCUGAGCUGAAAAGGUUUUAAUUUAUUGUUCUCAUGGGUGCCCAAGGACCCAGCCACACUGAUCCUGCCCCUAGUUUUCAUGGAUUCUGCCAUAGUGGGUAAGAUAUUCCAUUACUGUCUGCUUGCAGCAGUGGCAUGUGCCAUGCCUCUGCUAGACCUCUUACAGAAGUUCAGCACUUGACAUACCUUCCUAGCCCCAGGAGUCAGUUGGUCUCACAAAGGGAAAGGCAAAUUCUUUUCCAGACUAUUUGCAUGCAAAUUUCUGGGGAAAGUUUCCUGACAAUCCACAUCCCAAAGUGAUUUUGCUCUCUAACAACUCAUGGCUCCAGUUCAUGAUAACUGUAAGGACUACAGAGGCAGAAGUACUGUCCCUGAUGUGGCCGGCCUUGGGUCCUGCUGAUGCACGGUGGGUACCAUCCCUGUGCUGCUGGCACAGGCACGGCAGGGUCUCAAAACCUGGUGAGGUGAUGUGCAAGCACAGGGUACUCGUGUGCAUUCCCUGUGAUUGGGUUGGCACUGCAGCACUUUCCCUGGAGCAAAAGUGAGGGGUCUGGUUUAGGACUCAAGUAAUGUGAAGGUGUACAGUUUCAAAUGGAACUGCUGGUUGUGGGCACCUUCAGAUUUUGAAAACCCCUCUUAGCCUAGAGUAAACCUGACUUUUGGAAAGGGCUGAGGAACCUGCUUUCAGAAAAACACAGGCUUCCAACUAUGAAGUUUUGCAUCAUCAUCGUCAUUCCUUUCUCCUUAUGUGCAUGGUGUCGAAUAUCCAACACCCCCCCCCCAUUCUAAUCUCUUCCGAGAAUGCAGUCAGUAGCUUUCUGGGGUCUGUGUCACCAUUCUGUGAUUGAAGGAGUGGCUGGUCUGAUCACAGCCUGUCUGCUAAACCUUUAUUUUGAAUCUUAUUUUUUCGAUAGCACUGUGUGGUUAGUUUGCAUUAAGGAAUCUAUAUUUCUAUUGGACUUGAGUGUCUUACUGGGAGCUCAGCCGAAAAAGCGUGUUUCUGAACACAGUGUGGUUUUUUAUCAUAUGAAUGUAACCAUAGAGUUUAUUAGGAAUAAACCAUAAUAGACAUAGUAGACAGUCAUUUGACUAGAAGACUUUUGUAACAAGCCUAUGCAUUUACUAAAGGAAUUUCUAAAAGUGAAAGUUUUAAAUUGUAUUAUUAUUUAUAUACAGUAAAUAUAUAUGUGUAUAAAUUUGCUUCACUCACUAUUUUGUGAAAUUAUUUAGAAUGUGAUCAUCAUUUCUGAAAAAACUUAAAAGCCAUUUUCUUAACAAUAUAAUUAUGAGAACUGUGACAAUAUAAAGCAAUACCAUGUAGAUUUUGUAAUCACUAGAUUCAAUAAAUAAAUCAGAAUGAUUUAAUACUAAGAUUGGCUUUAAAAAAUAAAUUGCUAUUAAUGAAUUAAGUAGAAAUUAAUGAAAGUAAAGUAAUUACUUGGGAAAGAAUAACAUAAAAUAUUUUAAGACUAACGUAUUAUAAUGGUUCCUAUCUCAUCCUGUGUGCCAGAGUCUGCAGCCUUGCACCACAGAGGAGGUCCUAGUGGUGACGUUCAUGGAUCUGGACAUGUCCUUUGUUGCUUUAUGUAGUGUAAAACUGAAAAUUCCAUCCCUCACUUCAGAGAGUGGAAUCUGUAGUAGCUGUGUCUGUAACACGGUGAAUUAUGUCCUGUGUGCUUUGCUCUGAGCCCAUGGGAGUUGGUGACGGUGUGCCCACCCAUCCCAUGAGGCACAGCCCCGUGGCACACGUGACAGACGUGGCACAUGCUGGAGGGCGUCUGGUGCUGACAGUGCAGGAGAGGAGGUGAUGCUGGGACCCAACACGUGGCAGAAGCCCAUUGUGCUGCUGCUGGCAAAGGGCUUGGCAGGUCCUGGUCCUUCUCAGCCCCAGGAGAAGCUUUGGGAAGGCAGAAAGCCCCAUAUAUGGACCCCACAAGCAAGCAGAACAUAGAAACCAAGAGACAGUAGAAAGCACCUGCUAUCACAUCCCCGUAGUCAUGUUUGGUUUAGUUCUGGUUGGGUUCAUUGUGCCUCCCUAGGAUAUAUUAAUGGAUGGCUUUCAUUUACACGUUUUAUACCAAAGUUUUAAUGUCAAGCCUUCAAAUUUUGUAAAAAAAGGGGAAAAACCAGAAAAAAAAAGUAACCCCAGAAACAAAACAAAGAAAUGAGAAAGAUGGCAUUGUUUCUUAUGCUGAGGUGUUUUUUAGCAAGUGGUAUGCAGCAGCGGAUUCUCGGGUGUCCCAGGGGUGCUGAAUGGUCUCUUGGACACUACUCUUUAGAAGGAUGAGAUACUGUAAAGUUGCAUGUUCUGCUGUAGAACAGGAAACAGAUUUUGGCAGGUGCAGUGUCAAGCUGGUUCUGGACAGUCAGUAAGUGUUCUUCUGCAAGUGGUUGUCAGAGGAGUGAUGGGGAAGAACAGCCUGGCUCUCCUGGGUGACGUGUAACGUCUGUCUCCUUUGGGCCUCUUCCUCAGCCUGGACAGCUGUGUCGUCUCAAAGUGCCUUACAGGCUGUUACUUCACCUGGCUUCUACUCUGAAGUUUAUUCGCACCAUGUAGACUACAGAACAGGAAAGGAUUGGUAAGGAAAGGCGUGCUCUCCUUAUUUCCAAUUAACUGAUAUGCAGUGAACUAUGGGAGAGCUGUUGGUUGUGUCUGGCUGCGGGAUGCAGCCCCUACAGUGUGGUGAAGACACAGACUGUCUGGUCCGGGAGGAAACCUGUCAUGGCCAUGGUCAAAUAAUCCAAUGAAACCAAUGCAAGAUGUUCCGUUUUAAGUAGUACAGUCAUUUAUAGCUUUAAUUUAUGGCAUGGUGAACUCCUGAGCUGAGAACGCCAGUUCUACUUUGGGUUCCAGCACCCAUAUGAUUGUACCUGUUGCUGCAAGGAGAGCUGGGCUCGAGUACUGAGAGCAGGAGGGGAGAAGCUGGUGUGUCUGGUGCAUCUGUUUGCCAUACGCAUGAAGCCCAUCCUCCACAUUGAGACUGACCAUUUUCUAUUCUAGAAAUGUUUAUAAAUUAUGCUAAAUUUUUAAACUUUUGAUACAGGUGAUGAUUUUGAGGUGAUGUUGAUUUGUACUGCGCUAUGAUCCAAUUGGAAAGAGAACUGUUUAUUCAUGUUCCAGUAACACUGGUGCUACUGAUACUGUCUGUUACUCUGCUGCAGAGCAUCCACAUGUAUUUCUCCCAAACACCGGCUUGUAAAACCACGGAAAAGGCUGUUUAAGAAGCGGGAUGGAGGUCACUGUCUCGUUGAUGUGAUUGUUAAAUUGUCACCUUGACAAAACCAAACUGACACGAGCACGACAGUUUGAGCUCUAAACGCUGUUGCUUCUGCUGUGGAGAAAUGGGCCUGCGCUGCUGCAGUACCUUUGCUAACAGGAGCGUGUCCAUUUGUUGUUCACUGUUGUCAGCUCUUGGGGAUUGUUCUAAUAAAGGUUUGGAUACAAA